UUCCUGUUUCUCCUGCAGUUGUACACUCAAGGAGCUGCAGCUUUGGUGGAGUGUUUCACGUGGAGGGGAGAGAACGCUAUAGUCUGAUGUUUGAGGAGGCCAGGAGGUUGUGUGAGCAUUUAGCCUCUUCACUAGCCAGUCUGGAGCAGGUGGAAAAAGCCUACAAUAAAGGACUUCAGACGUGCAGGUAUGGAUGGAUAAACGACUCAGAGGUGGUGAUACUCCGUCACAUCCAAAAUACAAACUGUGCUGGCAACAAAACCGGCAUCAUCAAAAUAAUUCAAGACAGUGAAAAAUAUGAUGCCUUCUGUUAUGAUGCUGAAGAUACAUCAGAGAAGAACUGCACAGCUAUGAUUGACCCUUAUGGAUUAAGCGAAACAGAAGUUGCAACACGCGGACCAAAUGCUGGAGGAGAAGAUUCUGAAAAGUCAACAUCUGAAAAAAUGUUUUUGGGUUUUUGUGUUGUUGUCUUUUAUUUUGUAGUUUAGUCCUGUUUCCUGAUUUGUCAUGUGAUUCCCCUGCCCUCAUGUAUCUGGCCAUGUACUCCCUUAAUCAAUAGAUGUAUCAGACUUAAUGUGCCACUGCAUAAAUUAUCAGCGGCUGAUCAGUGGCUGCAUGCCAGUUAGAAAUUCUGUCUGAAUUGUUAUUUCUGUGUGAAUGUUAUUCUUGAACAGAUGGCUCUGUGUUAAGCAGUAUAUAAAAAGGGGUUCUGUUGUUUCAUGAAAA